AUGUCCAAUCCGCUUCCUUUAAGGCUAGAUGACCCAAGUCUCCUCCAUGGAGCCUCUUUGCUACAUGGCAAAUGGGUUCAAGCCCAGGAGCAGCAAAAGUUCGCCAUUGAAGACCCCGGGUCCCGUCAAAUUUUUGCCCACUGUCCCAAUAACCGUCUCCAAGAUGUUGAUCAAUAUGUCGAAUCCGCGCAUAUCGCGUUCCUCGAGUACAGAGAAGCAAAUCCCAGAGAACGGGCCAAGCGGCUCUUGAACUGGCACAGCCUGAUCACCAAUGCAAGAAGCGAUAUCGCAAAACUCAUCGUCUACGAGACAGGCAAGCCGAUGACAGAAGCCCUGGGGGAAGUUGACUACGCACUAGGCUUUGCAUGGUGGUUCUCCGGCGAAGCUGAGCGCGUUCGCGGCUCAGUUGCUCAGCCGUCUGUCUCCAAUAGACGCACGCUAGUCAUAAAGCAGCCAAUCGGUGUCAGCGUGGCAUUAGUUCCCUGGAACUUCCCUGUUGCGAUGACGAUCCGCAAAGCUGCUGCGGCUUUGGCUGCUGGCUGCUCGAUGAUCGUUAAGCCAUCGCCUGAAACCCCGCUUAGUACACUGGCGCUUGCAGAUCUCGCCUUGAGGGCUGGGUUCAAGCCAGGUGUCUUGAAUAUCAUUACGACAGAUAACGAAAAUACCCCUAUAGUUAGUGAGAGAUUGUGCAAACAUCCGCUCGUGCGCAAAGUCACCUUCACUGGUAGUACUGCUGUUGGCUCAAUCAUUGCAAAACACUGCAGUGAUGGGUUAAAAAAGGUCACUCUUGAGUUAGGAGGCAACGGUCCAUUCUUAAUUUUUGACGACGGUGAUCUUGACCAAGCUCUGGCUGCACUAAUGAUCUUAAAGUGGCGAACCGCUGGGCAGGCAUGCACACACGCCAAUCGGGUCUAUGUCCAAAGUGGUGUUUACGAUAAGUUUCUGCCCAUGCUAGUCAACGCUACAAAGAAAAUCCAAGUUGGCCACGGCACAGCGAAGGACACGACAAUGGGAGCGUUGACGACAUCUCGUGGCUUGACCAAAAUGGAACGGCACAUUGCCGACGCCGUCUCUAAGGGUGGACAGAUUGCGUAUGGCGGGAAGAGACUAACGAGUCUAUCCGGGAACUUUUUCCAGCCCACGAUCAUUUCCGGAAUGACACCUUCCAUGCUGACAAGUCAAGAGGAGAUCUUUGGGCCACUCCUUGGAUUGUAUCGAUUCGAAACAGAGGAAGAAGCUGUUCAGAUGGCAAAUGAUACUAGUAUGGGACUCGCAGCAUACUUUUUUACCAAAGAUACAAGCCGUUCGUGGAGGUUGCUCGAGAGCCUUGAAGCCGGAAUGAUUGGUAUGAAUACAGGUAAGGCCACUAUAAUCCACCCCAUUUAUACGGGACUUUCUCAGAAUAUAUUAGGAAACGCCUCUGCAGCCGAGUCGCCCUUUGGAGGUAUCAAGUCUUCCGGGUAUGGAAAGGAGGCAGGCAAGGAUGUUGCGAUAGAAGAGUAUCUGAUUUCGAAGACUGGGACUUUGACGGUUGACCCCAUUUCGAAGCUUUAA